UUGAAAUAUAUUUGGUACCCACAACACCACCGCACGCCCACCGCUAAUCACUUUUCUCGACAAAAUCCCACCUCAUAAUCGCGCCACUACGUACGCCAACCUGUCUCUUAAUUGACCCGACGAUUCGAUUCCUCCUGCGCAACGCUUCCACACGACACGGUCAUCUACAACUUCCUUAUCACCCCCAAACCAAACCGGGGCCCGAUCAAAGAAUCCUCACGCGACCGAAGACCCCGAAAGACACCACCACCACCACCACCCACCCACUCACGCCCGCCCUUCAACAGCGCAUCGUCUGCGAUCCGAUCUUCUCACCGAAGAGAAGAUUGAAUCGUAUGCGUGAUACUCCUGAUGCCACGACAAUAAGAUGGCGUUCAACUUUAACUGGUCGCCGUUAACGGCGGACGCGGAAUUUUACAAAAGGGCCCAGGAGAUGCUCACAACAGCUCUCAAUAAAUCCCCCAAACCGCCCAUUAUCGUCGACGACAUUCUUGUCAAUGAACUCAACCUAGGCACGACUCCGCCCGAGUUGGAGAUAUUGGAGAUUGGAGAUUUGGCAGAGGAUCGGUUCCGAGGAAUUUUCAAAAUGUGCUAUUCUGGUGAUGCCUUUUUGACUCUCAAAACUAAAGUGCAGGUGCGUCUCAGCGAUCCCCCUUAUCCACCUGCUCUUUUCCAAUCUGGCGCUUUGGGACGAUACGGAAGCUUCUGUUCCUGUCCAUUUGCAUUGAAAAUGAUUUCUACGGAUCCACUGGCGGAGCUUCCCCACAUCAUCCCAGUCAUUAUAGAAACAAAAAGCUAAUAUAUCAACAACCUAGGCGAAUCCCCUCAAUACGUACCUGUUCUCGAAGCCGAACUUUACAUCACCCAAUCCACUAGCUGCAUCAUCGGGAUUGACAAUACCCCUCCAAAUUACCUUGUCCGAAAUCAAGCUCUCCGCUUUUAUCAUAUUGGUAUUCUCAAGACAGAAGGGCCUGACUCUGGUGUUCCGCAAUGAUCCUCUUGAGUCUCUCAAGGUCUCUUCGACCUUUGACUCGAUACCGUUCGUUCGGGAUUAUCUUCAAAGUGAAAUCGAAAAACAACUGCGGACAUUAAUGAUGGAGGAGCUACCAGCCAUAAUACAUAGGCUUUCACUGAGGCUAUGGUGCCCAGAAUCGGGUGUAAAAGAAGAGGAAGAAAGGGCGGAGGCAGACUCUCAAGAAAAGGAAGAAAUUGCAAUUAAUCCGUUGGACAGCCCACCACAGGAUGCAGUUGACGCGAGAGGCAAUGUGUUAGACGCUAGUGAGAUAUCUUCGUUGCAAUUAGAUGGAAGCUCUGAUACCCAAUCUUUGUUCUCGCAAAAGAACCUGCUGAAGCUUUCAGCGUUGACGGACUCGCAUCGGACUCUAUCUUUGUUCACACCAUCUAUCAGAGAUGCGGUAUUCAGAGCGUGGGCUGGACCACCUGCAGAACGCGGAGAUACAGCCGGUAGUUCCACUCCAAGUACUCCAUUGGUAAGAAGCCACAGUUCAGCACCGAGCACAAGCACGACAUAUACCUUCAACAAAUCCUCCGACGAUGGACUUGGUCACAUGCCUUCACGUCCAUCGCUUGUAAGUCUGAACUCUGCGACCACAGGCCUGGCUUUAGGUGCGGGUCGACAUUCCAGGUCGUAUAUGCGCAAGAAGAAGAAUAGGGUUGUAAACCUCCGAAGGUCCAAAACCACCGAUGAUGUGCACAGUGAAAACGGGGAAAGUGAGAACACAGAGGUACAUGUUUCCGAGCCUUCAUUCUCAACAUAUAUUCCGGAAGAGCCGGAAGAUGGUAUCGUCACACCUCCUCCAAGUCCUACUGGGAGGGUUCGCUUCCGUACCAAUAGUAUUGAUCUUGGAGACUCGCCACGAAAACUGCGCCCGGUCAGGCCAGUCUUAGAAGCCGCCCCUCAGAUGGCGGAAGCUGCUAUGUCGAACUUCUCUCGCGAUAACCGACCUUCAUACGCAAACGCUCUUUCAUAUCCAGAAGAGAAGACAACCAAGCCUACAGCUGAGGAGAGCUCCAAUGUGCAAAAUCGCCCCUCUCUCCAGCCUGCCCCAGUUCUAAUCGACUCUUCUUCAGCCGGUGGAAUUCUGGAGCAAGCAUGGGUUCUGAAGAUGGCUGGUGAAAUAGCCCGUCGUGCUCAUGACGAAAAGGCUGCCAGAGAAGGUUUCUGGUCCUCGCAAAAUCAAGCAAUGAGGGCGGGUUCGCCGCCUCCAGCAUAUGAGCCCAAAGCUCUAUAA